AGCACCGAUACCUUACCAGCUCUAUUGUCUAAUCGAAUACUGUCCACCUCUAAGAAGCAGAGAAGAAAAUUACAGCGUGGUUUUUUAGGUUGAAAAACAAUUAAAAGUGCAACAAAUAGUGAGAAAAACACAGUCCAACCAACUCAGCCGUGCAUGCCCAGUCAUCAGCGAUCCGCGAGCCCAGCGAAGAGAUUUUUUGAUUCCCCCAGCCUGAAAGUGUCACCGCCAAGACGUACGUGCGAAAAAUGUUUUGGGACAAGGGUUAUGCGCCCUCCGCGAAUAUAGAGGCGCUGCUGGAGAAGGAGAACUCAACGCUGGAGGAGUUCCUGGACGAGGACGACAUACUGCAGGAAUGCAAGACGCAAAAGAAGAAUCUGGUCAACUACUUUACACGUCUCGAGGUCAUCCGGCGCCUGGUGGAGCUCAUCACGACCGAGCCCUCUGAAGAUGUGCCCAUGUCGCAGCGUUUCCGCUAUGCCAACAUGUCUUGUGAGAUACUCACACUCGGUCUGCCGUCCCUGGAUGAGAAGCUACUGAACGACCCGGAGACGCUACAGCUGCUGUAUUCAUAUCUGGAAAAGGAACCACCGUUAAAUCCAUUGCUAUCGUCGUUUUUUAGCAAAACGUUUAGCAUGCUCUUUACCAAAAAGCCUGAACAAGAUUGGUUUUUGUAUCAACACAUGUGCCUACAACUCCUGGAGUAUAUUAAAUCGCAGAAGACCUUUUUGGAUUUCAUUUGUAAACACUUUGACACACCGGUCAUACCUGAUCUAAUAAUGCAGAUGAUGAAGGACAUCGAGGGUGGUCGACUCAAGCGGAACCUUUUCGAAUGGCUAACUGAAGAUAAAAUUGUUGAGAGACUGAUUGCAAUAUUGCGUAAUCCUCAAGAAACCGACAAACAUGCAAAUGUUGCCGACUUUUUCUGUGAUCUUAUUAACCAAGGGCGCCUGAUGCGCCAGACCGAGCAGGAGAACGAUUCGUUCGAGCCGGCAUUUGAUGGCUCCAACCCCAUCCUGAAGACGAUUGAAUCUGCGGACACAAUUGAAGCCUUGUUAAAUGUGAUUCUGGAACCAAACGCUGAGGAGAGCGCCAUCUUGUCAGGAAUAUCGGUUGUACUUACGCUUAUCAAGCCAAUUACCUUCACAGAUGAGCCCAACUCGGAUCGCCAGCGGUUGUUGCAAAAACGCGAGCGCGAAUUCCACCAGGAAGUGCAGGAGACUGUGAUCACUGUGAUGGCGCCACGCCUCCAGGAAUUUGUCCACAUUUUAAAGAACCCCCCUGCGAAACCCACGCUGGAAACUACUGCCGCCGUGCUGACGCCCCCUUUUGGCAAGACCCGACUGCAAGUGUGCCGCGUGUUCACCGCCCUGCUUGAGACCAAACACGAGACCAUUCAGCAGGCGAUCUGCACGACUGAGUACUUCAGCCUGUUGCUGGAGUUCUUCAAGCAGUACUGCUGGAACAACUUCCUGCACACCGAAAUGGAGAAGGCGCUACAUGUGGUCUUCUACAACGAGCUGUCUAACAACAACACGGCAUCCACGGAGGUUACGGACUUCUUCACCGCAGACUGCCUGAUUAAUGCCUUCCUGAAAGUGGGCAACGAGGAGUCCGAGGUGGAGAUGAAGAACGCUCUGAACGAUGCUAAGCGGGCGGAGGGAGGCAAGGAGGAGGUGGAUGGAGGCGACAUCGAAAUCGAGGUGGCAGCUGCGCAGGAAGCAGCUGCCCAGGCGCAGGAUGAGCAAAAGGCAAUUACGGAGGAAGCACAGGAGCCGGAGGAAAAAACGGACCAAGUGGAAGUCGCAGCCGAAGCCACUCCUUCCGAGGGCGUAGAACCCAAAGCCCAAGAAAAUCACGUGGAUAGUAGCGAGGUGGAUGGUGAAUCUCCAGCAGAUCAGCAGGAAACGGACGCAACGCUCAAUGAUCUCGAUAAGACCAAGACCGUGCCCAGUGCUCCGCCAUCUGAAAUGCAAACACACUUGAUUGUAAAUUGCCACUUGGUAUCCAAACUGGUCGAUUUUUGGCAGCAUAAUGCGCAGGCGCAACUUGCUGAAAAGGGUCGACGGCUGGGUUACAUGGGCCACCUUAUCAAAAUUCUACGUCACAUUACGAAUUGUAUAUCAGAAUCUGAACAUAUCGCUGACCUGAUCGCCACCAGCUUAAAUGACGAAGCCGAGCUGAAGCUCUGGCAAUCUCUGAUCGAUGCGGAAACUGGCGAGUUUACUCUGGCGGUCAAACAACAGACCAAGCUGCUGGCCGACUGCAAUCCGCACGAGGAGAACGAGUACAAUGUGGGCGCCAAAGACUAUCUGGGCGAGACCAGUGCCUGGGACAUCGGAACCGUUUCGUACAACAACAUGGGGUACAGUGAUCUGGACAAUACGUUGCAGGACAUUGUCUUCACCAUGGACAACGAUCAGAAUCUUUUCCAGUUCGGUCGAAACAUUGACGACGAGGAUGAUGACGAUGACGAGCAUGGCGACCACUCGGGAGGUGGCGAUGGCCACGGGCACGGCUUAUUUACCAGGAAUUCGGUAACGCUGAACAACUUGGCGGAUCCCUGGGACAUGGACGUCCAGUUCUCCGACAUUCCCAGCAUGUCGGCGCAGGUUAACACGGGCACUGCCAACUGGGGCACGGACUUCAAUGCAGACAACUUUGCCGACUUUGACGCGCACUUCAGCACCUUCGGCAGUGACCUGGGCAUGCCCACUAGUGCGCCGCCGGGCGAUGACGAGGAGGAGGACUCGCCACCAGCUCCGGCAGCUGCCGCCGAAGUGGACCCAGAAGAGAAGCGCGCACCUGCUGAAUCUGCUGAGCCCGCUGUGGGCCAGAGCGUUCAGGAUAAUAUAACGCACAGCGAUGAUCAGCAGGCCGAGUACGACAAUAACGCCAACGUGGAGAAGGCCAUCAGCGACAAGCUGGCAGAGUCGAGUGUUGUGGAGACGGCAUCGAUUGUUACCCGACUACAGUCUGUGCUGCUGGACGGCGAGGAAGACUACGAGGACGACGAGGGCAUGUGGACCAAGCCCCUGGGAGCGGAUCGUCCUGCGGAAACCGAGCAGACCACGCCCAUUUCAAAUGGACCAACCAGCAAAAUUAAUGAAUUCAAUCAUGCCAACGACAACAGCAGCAGCAACGUGGAGGGCCACGAAGCCAACAUCACAGCGGAGCAGCAGAAAUUGGCCGCCGGCGCCAAGACGAACAAUGUUGAAAUCGCAACUACGACCACAUAAAUGCACUCUCACCACACCACACAUCAUCCAACCGCAAUUGUAUAGCAUAUAAUGUGUCGACGAAAAUUGUAAAAAUUGCCUUUGAUUUGCUCUUUGGUCAUUCUUAUACAUAAUCAUGCAUACAUAUUUAUAUAAAUAUAUACCACAUACUACUACUAUACGUACACGUAAAACAGGCUGCAUAGUACAACAAACGAUUUGUGUAUUAGCAAAAGGCCGAAGCCCGCCCAAAACCAAAAUGAAAAUUAACAAAAAACAAAAAAGAAAAAACGACAAAAAAAAUGUUCAAAAGUAAUUAGUAUGUUGUUGAUUCCUUCUGCUCCUCGCUCGUAUUGCCAAUUAUUUUAAUUACUCCUCCUUCCUGUUUCCUAAUUAAGCGAACUGUAUUUUGUUUGUAAUUUGUAUUAGUCUGUCGUUUUAGUACGCUUUAACUUUCAAUACUCUCAAUGUGUUAGGCAACCUAUGAGCAUUACUUAAAGUACCAAAAUUCACGAAACGUCUUAGAAUGCUUAGUUUAUAUUCGUAUUGUAUUUGUUUUAGCUCGAUCCGACGAGGAUUAUCUACCUAUGCAUAUGACAUAUAUAUUAUAUUUACACACACACACUCGAGGGGUGUUCGUACAUUACGUUAGCGCAUUUUGGCCCUCUGAUCCCUCCUUUUGCAGGGGAUUCCCCGCAAUCCCCCAUCAGUGAUGACGUAAUAUUCGGACAGCCCCGCACCUACACUUGUAUUGUUAAAUUGGAGACUUGUAUUUAUUGUAUGUAUUUUGAAAACGAAAGCAAAAGCAAUGCCAAAAUACCAACAUGUUCAACACCACAUACCCCACAUGCUGCAAGCACAAAGUACGCAUGAUGUAUUAGCGAGGUAUAUUAUAUACUUGUGUCUUUUGCCAUUACUACCUUGUUUGUAUACAAAUCGGUUUAACCAAAAAUAUUCUUUGUCGAAAGUACAAAACCCUGAGAGAAACCGCAAAUGAAGAAGUGAAAUAGACAUCAGCCGGCAUUUGUCACCACAUGAAUGGUUUACCCCCGAUCUACACACCACUACCUAUGACUAUACACGAUUACCAGAACCAAACGAAACGAGAAAUUGAAAAGAAGACUUUCCAAGAAGACAUUUUAAAUUUACAUUUAUAUUUUUUGUGUACUGUUUAUUUGCUCGGUUCGAGCUAUCGUUGAGAAAUGUUUGUGUUUUAAACGUGCAGAGAACCACGAACAAAACGCUAAUCAAAAUAUUGACAAGAAGUUAAACAAAUAUGCCAUCUUUUGCUUCCAAAUAAUUACGUUUUAAUUAUGAUUAAAAAUAAAACAGAAACUACUUUAAAAGUGAAAUCGAUGUUUGUUUUACACGAGACGACUUGCUCCCCAAAAACAAAAAAAUUAAAAAAAAAACAAACAAAAUCUAGACAAGUAGAGUAUAUUCUAAGAUUAUCGAGAGAGAAAGGCGGCAGCAUAUCAGGCAAAGAUGUGUGGAAAAUGAGUAGUAACCAAACCCCUUCCCACACAUCCUAGACAAAAGCAAAAUAAUCCUUGUUUGCUGAGAAAUUUAGAAGGCUUAUUUAUAGGACACAAUUAUGCACAAAUUUGAACUCGCUUUGCUUUUUAUUUGCUUACUGUAGCAACACAAAUGAACAACCGAGAAAAUUGAUUUAACGAAACAGAAAAAAUAAGAAAUUAAAGAAUAUUGAAACGUUUAAACUAUCUCUGAUGAAAAACUGUGAUAAUUAAAUGAAGUUGCAGGGUAUUUGAUAAAGCAAACUUAAUUUAAACAAAUUGUAAACAUCAACUGAUGGCCUCGACCAUUUGGGAAAUACAAAACACAGCCAACACGAGACACUCUGACGCAGUUAAUUAUACGAUUCUUUAGCAUCACAAUCAGCAGGACACCUCGACAACCAAACAGCAAUAACUACUGCAAUGAAAUGUAAUUGAAGGCGUUUUAACGUGUAGUCUGUAACAGUGCGAAAGUAUCUCUAAGUUUGAGCUAGUAGGGAUGAUGGUCAGGGAUGGCAAGGAUUAGUUAUCUAGCUUCUCACAAACUAAGCACUAAACUAAAGUAAAAUCUAAAUACUCAUAUCAAGCAGCCAAUUGCAGACCUUGUACUGUACAUACAAUUGUCCCCAGUAUUGUCUUCCCCCUAGUUAUGUGUUUUCGUUUCUACCAACUAACUUAGAACCCAAAGUAUCCAACGAUAUGUAAGCGGCGAUGAUCGAGUCCUUCCCUUGUGCAUAUGCCUUACUAAAAACUACGAAAAUAUGAAACAAAAAAGUAUCACUCACCCCCAUAGAGAGCCACUUAGAGAGUGUAGAACCCGUAAUCCUAGAGUUAGUUUCACCUACAUACUGUGUGUCUUUUAAAUGUUAAGCAGCUGCAGCAAGCCUAAUAUAUAUAUACGAGUACUAAUUAUAAAACCAAAACGGAAUCGUAAUCAUAAUACCUAAAAACGAUGUAGACAAAGUCUUGUGGGCAGCUUAAAGCAUUUUGUUUGUCUAAUUAUAUGAACUUGAAUAAGAAUACCAAACGUCCAAAGUUUUUUGCAUACAAGAACUAAGAACAAUUGUGAACAAGAAAGUCUUCAGAAAUGUUUUGAUCACCUCGAUGCGAAACAGAAACAUAAUUAUACACACAUAAGUACAUGCAUGCCUAUAUACAGAGGUACAUUAAAUUACCGAUUAAUUAAUUGAGUGAUUAAUAUGCAUCCGCAUCUCGAUGGAGUGCAGUUCUAUAAUAUUUUGUGACGUGCAUUAGAUGUUAAGUGAGGUUGUAACUUUCGAGGCGCAAUUAUUUGAGACAAAACCGAAGCGGGAUAGUGUUGGCGAUGAAAAUGCUAUUUUUAAGGAUCGUAGCGUACAUUAAUUUGUCUGUGUGUGUUCAGCAAUUCAGUAUUUCAAUUAAGCCAAUUCAACAAAUACCCCCAGAAAAUGCUACAAUGGUUUCCAAGUGCAAACCACAUGAACAGGAGAAUUCAGUGUAAUAAAUCGAAGGCCUAAUUCUCUAACUCUUUAAUAAAGAACCAGCGGGAACAACAACGAGGAAGAAGCAACUGUAAUACGACAAAGAAUAAGAAAUAAAUAAUUACACUUCGUACAGUAAAUAUAUAUUUGAAAAAAGAAAACGCGAAAGAGAAAAUACAAAAAAAAAAUAAAUCAAGUUGUUAACAUAAUGGAUAUUUUGUUAAAUGCGAAACUUUGAACGAAUUACUAACCACACUAGCAAAUAGUUAAUGAAAACCGAACCCAAGUGUGCUUCAUGUAUGAAUUUAUGUUAGAUAUUUACAACAAUACGCGUAUACAUAUUCCUAACUAAACCGAGCGAAAUGAAAGCCACAUACAGAAUUUGCAUACUACUCUUAACGAUUAACAACUAUUGGUGUCUAUGCAUAUACACAAUUAUUAACGAACUAUACUAUAUAUUACCUUCGUAAUUGUAAGCCGAGUACAGACUUUUGAGAACUGCGAAACGUAUCGUCAAAUAUCCGAAACAGACAUAUUUGUCAUACUUGCCAUGGAGCAAAUAUAUACAUCAAUACGUUAAGUGCUCAAGGUGAUAGCUGCACUCUGGGGUGGACCUUGGUUUUGUUUGCACAUUACAAAUUUUAGUGCUACAGGUUUCAAUGUGAAUCACUCAUACGCAGUGUUGCAGCGAUGCCCUUAACGUAGCCGUGUCGUAUGAGUAAAUUUUGUGAUGUUUGCUAUUUCUCCUUCCUUCUUAUUUACAUUUAAAGUUGGAUCUUCAUUAGCCAAAAAUAAAUCUUAAGUAUAAAGACUUUGUAACCAAAAAACAUGUACAAAUAUUUUUUCACUUUUUGUAAGAUGAUUAUUCAAAUACUGGCAGUUAUUUAUAAAAAAACUCCAAUGAGCUUUAACACUACUUGAAAGGUGUCGUUAGACUUAAUUUUGUCUAAAUAUUUUUCAUAUAGUUUUGUGGUAAAUAUUAACGUUUUUUACUGGCACCUAAAGAAAUAAUUUUUUUGUUCGAAUGGUCCACCCUACUGCACACCCACAAAUAAAUACACUUACAGAAAGACACCCACACAUACUCGCCGCUUUGCUUGCCACAUUGUUUUGGUCGAAACUCCGAGGGAAUACCUAGAAGCGAAAUACUAACCCCAAAGGGACACUCGGGAAACGCGACUUCUUGAGUAAGUGCCUUAAACUGACAGAGAGAGAUGGUAAUGGAGAGUGCGAGGGAGAUGGGGAUGGAGAUGCAGAGUGGGAGGGUUUUGAGGACUACGCUGCCAGAUCCAAGAGUAAAUCGAAUGUUUUCGGUACACUUGUUUAGGGAGAAGGAGGGACAGACCUUGUUCAAAACUCAACUAAGUGUUAGCCCCCGGCCAACCGACUAAAUGUAGUUCCAGAAAUCAAGCAAAAAGAACAGUUAACUCUAUGCUCCGAUCUAAAAUACUAAAAGUACACAUAUACGUACACACUGUAUACCUUUUACCGUCGCAUUUCUACACUGGCAUAUAGACGUAAUUGUACGAUUAACUAUGAAUUAAAACCUUGUAUUGUGAGUGUUUUGGCCCGUCAACGUUUUGCUCAACGCACACACACACACGAACAUACACUGAAAAAAUCCAAAAAAAUAUAAAAAAUACAAAAAAAUACACUGAGAGAGAGACACGCCCACACACGUACACCCGCUUUACCCAAGUUGAAGACAAUUUGUGAUUGUUUUGCAUGUACCCUAAAGUUAAGCGAGUUUACACGAAUAUGGAUUAAGCCGCGGAAGCGGACGCGUAAACUGUACGAGUAAUAGCAUUAAUUGUCUAACAAUAAGAUUUGUGCAUUAUACGAUAGAAAUUCACUUUGAAUUCGUAUUGAAAUUUAUCAAUAAAGCGAUACUAUUUGAUUCUUAA